AUUGUCAAGCCACCAGCACACCAAAAAAACCACUAGUAAUCCAGCAAAUCUAGUCAUGGCCCUGAUCAAGAUCACCCUAAUCUGCUGCGCUUUGAUCGCCGCCAUCGAGUGUGCCCUGCUCCCAGCCGGAGUUCCAGUGGGAGUUCCCCUGAACACCGAGGUGGAUCCGCAUCCACAGUACGCCUUCGCCUAUAAUGUCCAGGAUGCCAUCACCGGGGACAGCAAGAGCCAGCAGGAGGUGCGGGAUGGCGACGUGGUGAAGGGUUCCUACUCCGUGGUGGAUGCCGAUGGAUCUCUGCGCACCGUCUUCUACACCGCCGAUCCCAUCAACGGAUUCAAUGCGGUAGUGCAGCGUGGACCAGUUCCGGUGGCUCCUCGUCCAUUGGUGGCUCCAGUGGCUGGUCCUUUGCUGGGCUAGGAACUCAAUCUUGUAGAGCUUAAAUCACUGCUUGUUAACUAGCUUUUACAUAACUUAUUGUCUGAUCCUUAGUCCGUUGUAAACUCAUUUACCAAUUAAUAAUAAAUUCACUAAGCCAAAGAUAUGAAUGA